GCCUGCACGUGUGAAACGAAAACAUUGCUAAAUGCGUUGUUAAACUGUCAAAAUAGAACGAAAAUGGGUAAAUUAAACGUGACAGUGCUGCGAUAUCUCACCAAAGAGGACUUCCGCGUCCUCACCGCCAUCGAGAUGGGCAUGAAGAACCACGAGCUGGUCCCUGGUCCCCUGGCUGCUGCCAUUGCGAAUCUGAAGUCGGGUGGAGUCCACAAGCUGCUCAAGGAGCUGUGCAAGCACAAGCUAUUGGCCUACGAACGGGGAAAGAAAUAUGAUGGCUACCGCUUGACAAACACGGGCUACGACUAUCUGGCUCUGAAGUCUCUCACACUGCGGGGAUCGGUCAGUUCCUUUGGCAACCAGAUUGGAAUUGGCAAGGAGUCCAACAUCUACGUGGUGGCUGAUGAGGAGGGCACUCCAAUUUGCCUCAAACUACACCGAUUGGGUCGAACUUGUUUCAGGAAUGUAAAAGCCAAAAGAGACUACCACGGUCGCCGACACAAGGCCUCCUGGUUGUACUUAUCUCGCAUCUCGGCUACCCGCGAGUUUGCCUACAUGUCGGCACUCUAUGAUCGUGGGUUUCCAGUGCCAAAACCCAUCGAUUUCAACCGCCACUGCGUCUUAAUGGACCUCGUCAAGGGCUGGCCCAUGACCCAAGUUCACGAACUUCUAGACGCUCCACAAGUUUACGAUGAUCUUAUGAACCUUAUUGUGCGUCUGGGAAAUUCUGGAGUUAUUCAUGGCGAUUUUAAUGAGUUUAAUUUAAUGGUGACAGACGCCGGCAAGCCCAUACUGAUUGAUUUCCCUCAGAUGAUGUCCACCUCGCAUGAAAAUGCAGAAUUUUUCUUCGAACGCGAUGUUAACUGCGUGCGUGAAAUGUUCCGUCGCAAAUUUGGUUACGAAAGCGAAGACUACCCCAAGUUCAGCGACCUGGUGCGUGAGGAUGAUUUGGAUGCCGAGGUACAUUGCACAGGCUAUGGCUUCACUAAGGAGAUGGAGCAGGAUCUUCUUGAGGAGUACGGCAUGGUGGAUCAGGCAGAUGAGGAGGAUGAGGGAGAGGAUUUGGAAGAGGAGGAAGAGCCUCCCACCUUGGUUACCGCAGCAUCUGUAGAGAUUGACGAGUGCCGACGCCAGGUGGAGAACGAAGUCAUUUAUAGCGAAGCCAAGCCCACUCAGAAGUCGGAUGACGCAGUGCGUCGGUACAUUGAAUCGUGUACGCAAUAUCUGGGUAAUCUCAGCGUAGGUCCAGAAGUUCCCGAUCAAACAAUGCCCAAAAAGUUGGACAUUUCCCUGCCGGCUGAAACUCCAGACGUUAUUCCAUUCGAAGCUGAAACUUCGGCAACUAAUACCGUUGAAGAAGACGUCAAGUCCAUCAGUUCCAAUGAUUUAGAUACGGAUGAAGUUCCCGAGCUAGUUGGCCUGGAUCCUAACUCCCGCAUGUAUCGUCUCAAAAUGGUCGAGCAAAUGCUAAAUGAUGCGAGAAGUCAACGCUCCUAUUCUACCACAACCAGCACAAUAGCUCCGUCUGUGAUUACCGACCGGAUACGACGCAACAUGGACAUUAAGGAGAAGCGGGAGCAGCGAAAGAAGUGUGUGGCCAAGGGAGAGGCUAGUGCUGUGCAUCGUCAUCGCAAGGAGAACAAGGAUGUGGUUAAGGAGUAUGCUGGCUGGGACUUCUAGAUCAUGUUAAUCUAUUAAAUAAAAAUAGUGAUAUGUAUAUUUAAAAUUAAAACAUUUCAUCAAGACAUCGC